CAGGUCCUCCGCGGCGGCCGAAGUCGUCUGGACCGGCGGGCGGGAGUUCCCGGAAGUGGCCAGACAACAGGUUUCCGGUGCAGUUUCGGAAAAAUGGCCGUGGCUACCGUUUUCCCUACUCUGGCGCGGAUGCUUGCUCAGUCAAGGCGCAGCCUGUUUUCUCCUUUGCUCAGCACGACAUUGUUCAGACGCUUCUACAGAGGUGACAGCCCAACAGAUUCUCAAAAAGACAUGAUUGAAAUCCCUUUGCCUCCAUGGCAGGAGAGAACUGAUGAAUCCAUAGAAACCAAAAGAGCCCGCCUACUCUAUGAGAGCAGAAAAAGGGGAAUGUUGGAAAACUGCAUUCUCCUUAGCCUCUUUGCUAAAGAACAUCUGCAGCAUAUGACAGAGAAGCAGCUGAACCUCUAUGAUCGUCUGAUUAAUGAGCCUAGUAAUGACUGGGAUAUUUACUACUGGGUCACAGAAGCAAAACCAGCCCCAGAAAUAUUUGAAAAUGAAGUCUUGGCACUGCUGAGAGAGUUUGCUAAAAACAAAAACAAAGAGCAGAGACUGCGUGCCCCAGAUCUCGAAUACCUCUUUGAAAAGUCACGUUGAGCUGUGCACCACUGCCUGGCUUGGAGGCUCAGUCUGUGGACAGUAACUGCGUAUGAUGGACACUAGCCUUGGCUUUCUGCUUCUCUUUAGACACUCAGCUCCCCCCAGCCCCAGACUGUGGGUCCUGCCUCAAGUGUUGGAUGUACUUCUCUUCCAGGACAUAGAUGUAAAUGUUCAGUGUGACUCACUCUCAUCGUUUUUGUUCAGUUGAAAGUGGUUUGCGAGUGUUGCUGGCUGGCAGACCUGGCUGCUUUGUCUGGCUGCUAGCGCCGGGGGCAGGUCUGCCGCAAGAGGGCACUGUAGGGGAAGCGAUUGUGCUCGCUCGUUGCUGCAGCUCAUUGCUUCAGCCCAAAGUGUGCUCAAAGAAAAGAGGCAGCCGGCUGUGUGUGCUGUAUGCAAAGCCGCCCUCCCUCCCCACCUCCCCACCCCAGUGGCACACGGCUUUGUCAAAGCCCUUCCCACUGAUACGGUUCUUUCUGCCAAGGGAAGCUGAUCCCAGCCCCCUGAGCUGCAUCCUUCAAAGGCACAGCAGGCAGAAUGAGGGGAGGCAGGCUGGUGUGGGCACGCUGCUUAAGUCAACAUCUUUAUCGUCAGAUUUUCUUUGAAACAUGAACUUUGUAAAUUGGAAGAUAAUUGAAUAUUAAAGAAUAUUGAAAAAGGAAA